AUGCCGCCCCUCAUGCAAGCCGUGCGCCUGCCCAAGGAGGAGGAGGAGGCGAGGGGGUGGCCGUGGGGGCAGGUGGCGGGCGCUGCAGCCAUCUUGCUGGGCCUCAUCCUCCUCACCACCGGCCGCUUCACGCUUGACCUGGGCGUUGGCCAGGUGUCCAGGCGGCGCAGCGCGGCGGUGCGGUGGAAGGGCGCGCCCCGGGCCGCCGUCACCAUGCAGCUGCCCUUCUGGCUGGGCGCCGCGGUGCGGCCCGCCAACAGCCCGCAGCUGACGCAGGGCGGCGCCAUCAAUGCCUCGGUGCCCCUGCCCUCGCCGCCGGCCCUCGAGGCCUGGCUGCAGCGCCACCUGUUCUUCAACACGACCCGCGGCUUCUUCCUGGAGGUGGGCGCGGGCGACGGCCUGGCCCGCAGCGCCAGCCUGUGGCUGGAGCAGGCGGCCGGGUGGCGGGGGGUGCUGGUGGAGGGCCACCCCGAGCUGUACGCGCGCCUGGCACGCAACCGCCCCGACGCCAUCUGCCUCCACGCGGCGGCGUGCCGCGAGUUUGGCGCCGCGCGCUGGGCGAACCGUGCGGGGCGGGGCGGCGCCGUGUUCGAGCUGCUGGCGGACGAGGCGCAGCGGGCGCAGCAGGGCGCCGACGGCCUGCCGCGCGUGCAGUGCACCCCGCUGCAGUUUCUGCUGGACAAGUUCUCCCUCUCCUCCAUCGACCUGCUGUCCAUCAAUGUGGCGGGGGCGGAGCUGGAGGUGCUGCGGGGGCUGGAGUUCGAGAUCUUGGACGCCAAGGUGGUGGUGGUGGGCACGGGAGGGUCCACCCAGGAUGCCGCCACCGCCGACCUGCUGGCGCAGGCGGGCUUCCAGCGGCUGAAGGUGGAGGCGGCAGAGGCGGGAGCCGUGGCGGUGUUUGUGCACAGGGCCGCGUGGCCCAGCCUGGGCAGCGCGCCUGGCGUGGGCGACGUGCGGGCCACAGCGCUGUGA